AUACGUUGUAGCAAUUUUGGAUGCAGAACAUGGGGUCAGCAGCACACGUGUGAUAGAUGCGUCCCUAAUGCGUGUGGUUGAUGAAAGCAUUGUAAAGUACAGAGUGCCAGUUGAAAGGGCUGGAGCACCUAAGGCACCUGUGGCCAGCAACCUUGUCCCUGCAGGCGCCAGACAGGCAUGGAUGAGGAAAGAUCAGCCUCACACUCAACAGCAAUUUGUCUUUGAAAAGCCCUCAGAGGUGGAACGCAAAGUUCCCGAGGCAGGUGUGAUAGACAAGCCUGGUGUGUAUGAGCUCAGCAAAGUACCAAGUGGCAUUUCUAGGAUUCAUUUGAUUCCUGGCUUUAUUGACUCAGAACAAGCAGACUGGAUGUUUGAACAGCUCCUCCAAGACAUACCCUGGGGUCAGCGAGUGCACAUCAGGCAGGAAGUAUCUUUUGAGGAACCACGGCUUACCUCCUGGUAUGGGGAGCUUCCUUACACGUACUCCAGGGUAACAAUGCAGCCAAACCCAAAUUGGCAUCCCCUGCUGACCAUGCUGAAGGAGCACAUUGAAGAGUUCACUGGCUAUACCUUCAACUCUCUUCUCUGCAACCUCUACCGAAAUGAGAAGGACAGCGUAGACUGGCACAGUGACGAUGAGCCAUCCCUGGGAAAAAAUCCCGUCAUUGCCUCGCUCAGCUUUGGUGCUACCCGCACCUUUGAGAUGAGGAAGAAACUCUCCCCUGAAGAGAAUGGAGACUAUACUUAUGUAGAAAGACUAAGAAUCCCACUUGAUCAUGGGACUCUGAUGAUGAUGGAAGGAGCUACCCAGGAGGAUUGGCAGCAUCGAGUGCCUAAGGAAUAUCAUUCUAGAGAUGCACGGAUAAACUUGACCUUCAGGACCAUUUAUCCAGAACCUGAUGGAGCAUGGAAGUGAAGAGACACUUUGGACAUUGUUAGACAUAAACCCACAGCAGAUCCAGCACCUCAUAUAGCUACAGAUUUAAAGGAAGCCUUACAGGAACAGAGUUCUGUGAAAUAUUUGAUGGGGAAAGAAUCGAUACUAUAAAGAUCUUCAACAAUCGGAAGCUGCCUGUGUUAUGUAGACGGUGCUGUUUUGUU